CACAAUAUUACAUACAUACACAAUCUAUUUAGCUUAUAAUAUCAUUCAGCACAUGAAAAUCAUAGGUGACUAUUAUUAGUUAUAGGAGUUAAAUAAACUUUUUCCGGCUUUAACUAUCAUUCACAAUAUUGUAACGUAUAUAUAUAUAUAUAUAUAUAUAUAUAUAUAUAUAUAUAUAUAUAUAUAUAUAUAUAACCACUUAGCAACAGAAUUACUAAUCCAAACAUUGUACUAAUUUGAUAUGGAUCGAGAAUCGAACUUAUAAAUCAUACAAGUUGUAAAAAACACAAAUAUUCCCUUCGAACUAUACAUAAAAUAACUAUUUGAAUUGAGAUUGAUUCUCAUUCUCAAUAUUAAUGAACAUUUCCAUUGUCAUCCUUAUUAAACACAAUCGAAUUGAAUAAGUAGUUGGUAAACUUUUCAAAUUGUGCUCUGUUUAGAAGAUUAGUAACGUAAAAGAAAAAAUCUAUAACUGAGUUGAUCAGUGAAUAUUUUAUUUGAUUAUCUAGUAAAUCGGUGCCAGAGAUUUUAUCUUCAAAUGAUAUACUAUUACUGUUACAUUCAUUACAAAUUACAAUCUGAAUAUAUUUUACAAUGGAUAAAUCAAAAAAGAAUCUGUUCAAUUAUCCUUUGUGACCAUUAUGAAUGAGCAGAGUUUUAGUCGCUACCAUCAUUCAACUAAUUUAGAUGAAUGUCAAGAGAAUAAUAAUGAUGUUGAUAAUGGUCGUCCAUUUGAUAAUGACUCAUCUUUAGAAUAUCAGUCAAAUAACAGUACACCAUCGUCAUCAUCAUCAGGUUAUGUUAAUUAUGAACUACAAAGUAAGAAUUAUGAUUCUGAUGAAAUUCUUGAUUUGAGAAUGCAUAAAAAUAAAAUCUUUGACACUUGGCCAUCAACAACAAUUUCUUCAUCUUCGUCCUUUAACUCGUUAUUUUCCACAAAUAUAAACUAUGAUAAUCAUCCAUGUAAAAUAUCGAAUUCAGAAUUAUUAAAUAAUCUAAUUGAAAUGAAUAAACAACAACACAUUGACGCUUUAUUCAAUCAUCAUUUAACUUCAUCAUUAUCUUCAUUACCAAGUACUACUACUACUACUACCACCAAUAAUACUACUAAGUUGAAUACAUUUUCAACUGCUUUAACAUCAUCAGUAGCAUAUGAAAAAUUAACACAAACAAUAACCACUUCCAAUAUUAGUCCUAUAAAUAAUUUAAUAGAUUUUACCAAUACACUAUCAAAAACUAUUCAUACAUUAUCUAAAUAUCAUUAUUCUAAAUUAAAUGAUCAUCAACCAAAAUCAUUAUCGAAUAUUAAACAUUCAAUUAAUCAUGAAUUUCAAUUGGAUAAAAUAAAUUUUCUUUCAAAUUUCCCAUAUUAUCUUUAUCGAUUUUUUUCUACAUCAAAUAUAAUUCCUACUAUUCAACAACUACAACAACCACACCAGCAUCAGCAGCAAGACAAUCAAGAACGACAAUCCUAUAAUUCUAUUAAUUCAUCUUUAAUAGAUCCUUUACAAGAGAAUACAAAUAUUUCAUAUUCAUUAUUAAAACCAUGUAUAAAAUUUUCUAAUAUGAAUUUAAUCAAUCAACAAUAUACAACAUCAUUUGAAUUAUCAAUUAAUUUUAUUAAUUGGUAUCAUCAAUUUAUGCAAAAUUUACAUCAAUUAUUAUUAAAACAACAAUUCAAACAACAACAACAACAGAAGCAUGAUCAUCAUCCUCAACAACAACAACAACAACAGCAGCAUGAUCAUCAUCAUCAUCCUCAACAACAGCAAGAUCAUCGACAACAACAACAACGACAAAUUGAUCAUCAACAAAAUGAUCAAAAUUUAAAAUGGAUUAAAAAGGAGACAAAUGGAUUCAAUAAAGAAUAUCAUAUUAGUUUAAAUUCAUUUGAUUUACAUUUAGAUAAAGAGAAAUAUUAUCAAAAGAUAAAUAAUUCAACAGAUCAUUUAAAAGUCAAUAAAUAUGAUACAUCAAAUGAUGAAAAUUUUUCUAAUUUUCAAUCAAAUCAAGAUGAAUUACCUAUUGAUUCAUGUUCACAAAAAUGGAUCAUUUAUCAAAAUGAAUCAAAUCUUUUAUCUGAACAAUCAACAUUUACUAAAUCAAUAAAUGAUAAAAUCGAUACAAAAUUAUUCAAUAAAUCUAAAUUAUCUUAUUCUAUUAAUUCAUCAUUAUCAUCAUCAUCAUCAUCUAAUCCAAUUCAUUAUUAUCGUCAUAUUUAUCAUUAUCAUCAUAAUCAACAAUUAAUUAAUAAUCGUAUUAAAUAUAAAUUACAAUUAAAUAAUAAUAAUCAUAAUAUAAAAAUUAAUAAAAAUUCUAAUUUAUUAUAUCGUUAUCAAUGUCCACAUUGUAAUAAAGAAUUUCCCCGUUCAGCUAAUUUAAAUCGUCAUUUACGUACACAUACUGGUGAAAAACCAUAUCAUUGUGAAUAUUGUCAAAGAGGUUUUAGUAUAUCAUCUAAUAUGCAACGUCAUAUAAGAAAUAUACAUCAACGUGAACGUCCAUUUAUAUGUACAAUAUGUAAAAGAGCAUUUGCUCAAAGAACUAAUUUAGAUAGACAUAAACGUAAUCAUUGGUUACAUAAUUCAUAAAAUUUAUAAUAAAAUGUAUAUUUAUUUAUUUAUUCAAUUCUAAUCAACAUUAUUUUCUUGAUUAUUUUGUUUGUUUGUUUAUUAUUCACUUUUGAUUGUUGAACUUUGUAAGAUGAUUUCAUGUUCAUAUUGUUCAUGAUAUUUUCUUUUUUUUAAUUAAAAUAAACAGUAACAAAG